AGGAGGAGGAGGGGGGGCACACGGGGCUGGCAGCGCUCGGCACCGGAGCGGGGUCCCCAGGAACCGAACUGGGUCGCGGGCAGCCGGCGGUGAGCUGCGCUUGGCUCUUCAGAGGCGGCAGAUGGGAAGCUUGCUCUUUAAACGGCUGCUGACGGGAAAGCCGUCCGUCCGGGUUCGUGCUCUUGCCCAUUCCCGAGGGUUUCGGGCUCCUCUGCCCGUUUUGUUUUCCCCACUUAGCCGCGCGAUACCCGGUGUCGCUGAUGGGGAACCGACACCGAGGGGUGAAGGAACUGCUGCAGGACUCGGGGGAGGAGGGAGUUGAAGCUGUCUUGGGAGCGAGACCGGAUUUCGACUUCCCCUUCAAGGGCCUGAUUCUCUUCUCCUUUUACUCGCUGCGAGUUUCACCCUUAACUGAAGGCCAGCGGGGAAGGUCAGGCUUUGAAGACCACCUUUGCUGCUCAGUGCUGUCAGUCUGCUCCUGCAUCCCUUGCUCAAGCUGAUCUUCCCGAUAACCUAGGGAGCUCUUUGAGAUGUUAAUUUGCCCCCGGAGAUACUGGGGUAGGAGUACCCUGAGCAAAAACCACCCGGAGCAGAAACCACCCUCUGCUCAGCAGCACGACUUCUGUCUCCCAAGACUUCUUUCUGCAAGCCACUUGAAAAGUCUGUACCCAAAGAGCUCAUCCUGUUGUGCAUGUUUACAGCUUCCUCCCAUGAGCAGGUUUUGCAAUCUAGACCUGAAAUCUGCUGUGCCAGCAUAGGCUGUGAAAAGGUGAUAAAUGCGGGAAAGAGUCAGCACAAUGAGGACCAGGCGUGCUGCGAGGUGGUGUUUGUGGAGAGGAGGCCCAGCCUGAGGGGCCGGCUGCCGUCCAGGGAAAGCAGCGGGGAGCUGGACAGGGGCAGGAAGGGUUUUUAUUUCCACUAUUGGGCCUUGUUUGAUGGCCAUGCAGGCAGCGGUGCUGCUGUCAUGGCAUCCAAGAGGCUCCAUCUGCACAUCUGUGAGCAGCUCCGGGACCUCGUGGACAUCCUGCAGGACCCCUCCCCGCCUCCCAUCUGCCUCCUGCACGACACGAGGGCCGGCCCUGCGGAGCCGAGCCGGGUGCCCCUCACAGAGGACGAUGGGGAGGUCCCCAACGAUGCUGUGCCACGCUUUCACCUGGAGAAAGCGGUUUCCCAUGAGAGCCUGGUGAUCGGUGCCAUCGAGAACGCCUUUAAGCACAUGGACGACCAGAUCGAGCGGGAGCGGUCGUCCCAGCGCCUGUCCGGGGGCUGCUGUGCCCUGGCUGCCGUCUACCUCAUGGGCAAGUUCUACGUGGCCAAUGCCGGCGACAGCAGGGCCAUUAUCAUCCGUAACGGGGAAAUCAUUCCAAUGUCCAGGGAGUUUACUCCAGAGACAGAGAGGCAGAGGCUGCAGUUUUUAGCGUUCCUGAGGCCUGAGCUGCUGGGGAAGGAGUUCACCCACCUCGAGUUCCCCCGUAGGAUCCAGCCCAAGGAGCUGGGGAGGAAGAUGCUGUACAGAGACCAAAACAUGAAUGGCUGGGCUUACAAAAAGAUAGAAGAGGAUGACCUGAAGUUUCCACUUAUCUAUGGGGAAGGCAAAAAGGCUCGGGUGAUGGCCACGAUUGGGGUCACGCGGGGCCUGGGAGACCACGACCUCAAGGUGUUCAGCUCCAACAUCCACAUUAAGCCUUUCCUGUCCUGCUUCCCAGAGGUCAGGGUUUACGACCUCACGCAGUAUGAGCACUGCCCUGAUGAUGUCCUGGUCUUGGGCACCGAUGGGCUCUGGGAUGUCACCAAUGACAAGGAGGUGGCUGGUGUGGUGAUGGAGGUGCUGACAAGCUACGAGCCCAAUGACCCGUGCAGGUACACCAUGGUGGCCCAGGAGCUGGUGGUGCGGUCCAGGGGGGUGCUGAAGGAGCGGGGCUGGCGGCUGGCAAACGACAAGCUGGGCUCUGGCGAUGACAUCUCUGUCUUUGUGAUCCCCCUGGGUGGCCCAGGCAACUACACAUGAUGCCCGAUGACCCCGGGGCAGUGGGGCUCACCUUGCCUGGAUGGAGGUGAGCAGGACACUGGUGCUGCCUCAGGGCCACCUCUCCCCAAGCACUUGUUUCCUGAGCCAACUGUGAGAAGAGUAAGAAACCUGGAGCCUCUGUCUGUGCCCCUGCCCAGAGCAUCCCCCUCCACCUGCUGCAUCCCAGCCCCAGGUGGUGUUGGAAAGGUUUUGGACAGAGAGCAGGGACUGGGAUUGAGGGAUGUUUUUCGUGCUGCCACUUUCUUGAUUGCUGUGAAAAGCCUAAAGGCUCCCUGGCUGCUCAGUGUGUCCUUUGCACCUCGCCCUGGGCCUGGGUGCACUGGUUCCAGCAGUGUGCAACGGCCAUCGGGCUGGUGGGGCACUCGUACCUGGAGAAGUGGGUGCCUGCUGCUGCAAUCAUCUCCUUUCCCCCCGCCCUGUGACACUUGCACCAGUGACACUGAAGCUGCUGUUGGGGCUGGGCACUGGGGCUAGGACGGGCUGUGGCCUGGGGUGAAGCCCUGCCAGCAGCUGGGCAACACUCAGCCCGGCAGAAGUCCAGUUGUGGGUAGUGUGGUGGUGGGUGAGCUUUGUGCUUGCCCUCUUCAGCCCCUCACGCCUUUGUCCCAGCCACGUACCUUGUCUUAGUCUCCAGUUUGGGAGCAUGGGACGGUGCUCGAUCACUGUAGUGUACUGAGAGCCCCAGGGAAGGAAUGAGAUAUUGCACUUGCACUGGCUGUGCCACAGGUUCUGCCCCCACCCCUCUUCAUGCCUUGGAUCACUGCUGUGUUUCUGGAGCCAAUUAUUUAUUAUUAACUGGAGAGCUGAGCUGGAAAAUGUCUAAAUCCUUUCUUGGUGUGGGGAGUCUGUAUGAAUAUAUGUCUAUAUUUUUGAGUGGUUCUAAGUUGGCCACUGCCGAGCAGCAGCUGCACACAGAGCAGCCCUAUUCAGCCAAGCUUAACAGCUUAAAUGUGCUGCAUGGAUCUGCUUAGCUGAGGGCUGGAAACCCACAAUAAAAGCAGCUCGGUUGUGACUGGGGGGGGGGAAGACAACUCCCUUCUUUUUCUUAAUAAUCUGGAAGCUGGUGCCAAGCAGAGCUGUAGCAGCAGUUGAUCUCUGCACGGGAUGUUAUUUUGCAUCAUGCAUACCUCUGACCUGGAAGGAUGCGCUUCGUGGGCCUCUGCAGAGUGUUGCAUCCUCCCAAAAUAUGAGGGGUGGUCCUAUCCUGGCAGUGUGGUGAUGGGGAGAGCUGGGCCACGCUCCCUUGUUUUGGAAAGGCUCUGUGGCACCAGUAGUUUCUGUCCUGCUGUUGCUGGGUGCAGCCAGCUCUUGUCAAGUGUCACCUCUAGUGAAUGCUGUUUGUCUCUUGUAAUUAGCAAGAUGUAAAUAAACUGGCUGCACUUAAUGGGAAGUGCAAGUUAUCCAGCGAGAUUUUAACCUCUUGACAUCUUCUGUGCUGAAGGGAGCAGCGAGUGAUACUGGGGCCGGGAGCCUGUCCUUAUGUAGUAGCACUGUGUGUUUAAAUAAAGGUUUUGCCACUUGCAA